AUGUCAUCGAUGCAGUUCAGCAGCGUGCUGCCCCUGGAGGGCAAAGCGUGCGUCUCCCCCGUCAGGAGAGAGGGCUCCGCCUGCGAGCGCCUCAAGGUCGGGGACAGCAGCAGCAUCAGGCACGAGAGGGCCUCCAGGAGGAUGUGCAACGGUGGCAGGGGCCCCGCCGCUACCGGCGCGCAGUGCGUGCUCACCUCCGACGCCAGCCCGGCAGACACCCUUGUUCUCCGGACGUCCUUCCGGAGGAAUUACGCCGAUCCGAACGAGGUUGCUGCGGUCAUACUCGGCGGUGGCACCGGGACUCAGCUCUUCCCUCUCACAAGCACAAGGGCCACACCUGCUGUUCCUAUUGGAGGAUGUUACAGGCUCAUCGACAUUCCCAUGAGCAACUGCUUCAACAGUGGCAUCAACAAGAUAUUCGUCAUGACGCAGUUCAACUCGGCCUCCCUUAAUCGUCACAUUCAUCGCACCUACCUCGGCGGGGGAAUCAAUUUCACUGAUGGAUCUGUUGAGGUAUUGGCCGCGACGCAAAUGCCUGGGGAGGCUGCUGGAUGGUUCCGCGGAACAGCGGACGCCGUCAGAAAAUUUAUCUGGGUGCUUGAGGACUAUUAUAAGAAUAAAUCCAUAGAGCACAUUUUGAUCUUGUCGGGCGAUCAGCUUUAUCGCAUGGAUUACAUGGAGCUUGUGCAGAAACAUGUGGAUGACAAUGCUGACAUUACUUUAUCAUGUGCCCCUGUUGGAGAGAGCCGGGCAUCUGAGUACGGGCUAGUGAAGUUCGACAGUUCAGGCCGUGUGGUCCAAUUUUCUGAGAAGCCAAAGGGUGCCGAUCUGGAAGCGAUGAAAGUGGAUACCAGUUUUCUCAAUUUCGCCAUAGACGACCCUGCUAAAUAUCCAUAUAUUGCGUCGAUGGGAGUUUAUGUCUUCAAAAGAGAUGUUCUGCUGAACCUUCUAAAGUCAAGAUACGCAGAACUACAUGACUUUGGGUCUGAAAUCCUCCCGAGAGCUCUGCAUGAUCACAAUGUGCAGGCAUAUGUCUUCACUGACUACUGGGAGGACAUUGGAACAAUCAGAUCCUUCUUCGAUGCGAACAUGGCCCUCUGCGAGCAGCCUCCAAAGUUUGAAUUUUAUGAUCCAAAAACUCCCUUCUUCACUUCGCCUCGGUACUUACCACCAACAAAGUCAGACAAGUGCAGGAUCAAAGAAGCGAUCAUUUCGCACGGCUGCUUCUUGCGUGAAUGCAAAAUCGAGCACUCCAUCAUCGGCGUCCGUUCACGCCUAAACUCCGGAAGCGAGCUCAAGAACGCGAUGAUGAUGGGCGCGGACUCGUACGAGACCGAGGACGAGAUCUCGAGGCUGAUGUCGGAGGGCAAGGUCCCCAUCGGCGUCGGGGAGAACACAAAGAUCAGCAACUGCAUCAUCGACAUGAACGCGAGGAUAGGAAGGGACGUGGUCAUCUCAAACAAGGAGGUAAGAUACCCUCCUUCAGAGUUUAAACUUGGUCCCAAAAUUCUGAAGAAAACAACACUUGUCUCUGAAACCAUGCUGCUUUGUGCCAUUUCUGACAGGGAGUGCAAGAAGCCGACAGGCCGGAGGAAGGGUACUACAUCAGGUCCGGGAUCGUGGUGA